AGUAUCUGCUGAAGAAGUCAGAUACCUUGCUUCUGUUCUCUCUGCGUCUAGAGCAGCAGUGGUAAAUCAGAGAGUCUGGGAGACAAAGCUGUUUUCGGUUUUGUUAGUCUGGCUAUACUAAUAUUAAUUUGAGAAAUUAAUCGGUUCCAAUAGAAAAAGCGGACAAUACCAGAAGAAGAGGGAGAUUAAAGAGUUUGGCCCAUUUGGUGUCCAUCCUCUCAGCCUGAUUUAAAGAAGAUUUUUUUCUGAUCUCCGGGGAAACAUGAGCUUCCUUUUUGGAAACCGUUCAUCUAAAACAUUCAAGCCCAAGAAGAAUAUCCCAGAGGGUUCUCAUCAGUAUGAGCUGUUGAAACAUGCUGAGGCUACGCUGGGGAGUGGAAAUCUGCGCAUGGCGGUCAUGUUGCCCGAGGGGGAAGACUUGAAUGAGUGGGUCGCUGUCAACACGGUGGAUUUCUUCAACCAGAUCAACAUGCUGUAUGGCACCAUCACAGACUUCUGCACGGAAGAAAGCUGUCCAGUCAUGUCUGCCGGUCCAAAGUACGAGUACCAUUGGGCCGAUGGAACCAACAUCAAGAAACCCAUCAAAUGCUCGGCCCCCAAGUAUAUUGAUUACCUCAUGACCUGGGUGCAGGACCAGCUCGAUGACGAGACGCUUUUCCCUUCAAAGAUCGGUGUUCCCUUUAAGCGCAACUUCAUGUCUGUGGCGAAGACCAUCCUGAAACGCUUGUUCAGGGUCUACGCUCACAUCUACCACCAGCACUUUGACUCCGUCAUGCAGCUGCAAGAGGAGGCCCACCUCAACACAUCCUUCAAACACUUCAUCUUUUUUGUUCAGGAGUUCAACCUCAUUGACAGAAAGGAGCUGGCCCCUCUACAGGAGCUGAUUGAGAAACUGACCACUAAGGAUAGAUAAACAGCAAUGCAAACUCGUAUUUAGUUGUCCUAGUUUUUGCACAGAUGCCCACCCCACCCUGGCUGUAUGUAUGCAGUAUAUACUACAUGGAUUUCUAUUUGGGGAAAUGUUUUUAAUAUUGCCAGGAAGAAGGCUGGGUUUUUGAUAGGUUUAAGGCACCAGGACUAAUGUUAUCAGGGAUUACAGACUUAAUUAACAGAGAAAAGACAUUUAGGUGUAUGGAGGAGAAUCCCUUGUAUCCACACAUGAUGAUUUAGGAUUAUAAAGACAUAUUGUAUGUUUUAUUUCUUCCCUCCGAUCAUCCAGCGCAUUCACAAGGGAGAAUAACUGUGUUAAUUUUAUGGGGAAACUUUAAGAUCAUUCAAUAGUUUUACUCUUUUUUUCAUUCUCCACGGAAAAAUCAGACUUUAGUUGACUACUGUAGUUGCCAUCAGUACAGGAGAACCCUAAGUGCCUAGCAUGGCUCGUCGUUGCCCUAUAUCAGCAGUGACAACUGUCAGAAGAUUAAGGCCAUAUUUGAUCAACGUAUUUUAAAUUUUCAACCUACCUCCCUUUAAACAUAAGUAGCCCUGAAUUCUCCCUUUUCUCUCUGUUUUUUUUUAACUGUAUGUUGCAUGGAAAGAUUUUUCCUGUAAACCCUCAAAUCUUUUUUUUUUUUUUUUGGUAAGUCUCCUUGCUACGUGCUCUGAGAGGGUGAUGAUAAAUGAAUGUGUUGAAAGAUAUAGAAGUGAGGUUAGAGUUUUUUGUCCUUUUAGAGCAGGGACCAGUGAGAAGCUUUUAGGAUUGUCUAGUGACAAGUCCCCAUUCGCUAGAUUUCCCACCUAAAACCUUUUAAGUAGAAACAUUUAGCAAUGGAUCAAACACCUUGAACUGUACAUACAUACCUGCAGAUAGAUACAGAUGCAUAUUUAACCUCCACAGUUUGAAAACUAUAAGCAUUUUGAGUAAUGCUACGUACCUUGGUAUCUGGAUAGCCAUGAAGCACUUUGAACAAGUUUUCUAACCACUCUUGCCUGAAUGUUUCCUCUACACAUGUUGAAGUUUGUGAGAAGCUGUGUCAUGGGACUGAUCACAUACAGUAGUUCUUAAAAGUAUACACACCCCUGUUAUAGUUCCAGGUUUUGGAGACGUAAAAAUUUGAGGCCACGAUAAAUGAUUUCCUAACUUUUCUCAUCUUUUUAACGCAACGCAUGUCCUGUACGAUUUAAGUGAAAACAAGAGAAUCUGUUUGGGGACAAAAUCUAAAAUGUAGAAAGUGUGCACCCCCUUAAACCAAUACUUUUGAAAACACCUUUUUGGUUUAAUUUCAGUAUUCAGUCUUAUUUAGUUGGAGUCUAAGGUUCGCCACUUCUUGACCUGACAGUAUUUGCCUGUUUAGUGUAGUUCUACACUCUGGUUUGACCAUCACAUUUCUUUAAUUUUUACCAUGUGAAGUCACUCUUUUAUUCAUUUGAAACCGAUUGCUAGUUUUAGUUGUUGCAGCCACACAAGAACCCCAAGUGUUUCUGAAGAAAAGUCAUAGCAGAUCAUGAUGCUGCCACCAACAUGUUUCACAAUAAGCGUAAUGUUAUUUUGGGGAUGUUUCUGUGCUAAGCAUACCUUUGGGAACUGUGGCCCAAAGGUUCCAGAAGAAACCAGUUUGGUUUAUUUUUUACCACCCUACUUCUGAGUCCAGACAAACAAAGGGUGGAGGAGAGUUUUGUUGCAUGUUGCUCCUCCUGUGUUGUGGCCUCCCGGUUGCCUCCAUGACCUGUUAAUCUUGUUUUCAUUCCUUUUGGAGAAAUGUCACUCUGGCCUCAUAUUGUCUCCAGUUACUGAUGCUUGUGUUUACUGUACCAUACUAUAUUGAAAUUUUGUUUUCACCAUUAUCUGUACAAUAAGAUCCUUUUGAUUGUUAGUUAAUCUACAAACUAUAGAUUUAAAUGCUGAAAUUAAAUCAAAAGUUGCUUCAUCGUUUAAGUGUCGGUUUAAUUGUGUGCACACUUAUACAACCAAAUGUUUGUAUCUUUUUGUUUUAUUGUAUUCUGAUUAGCUGUUUUUGUUUUUUUCAGUUGUGCAGGUAAAUGUCACAUUAAAUGUGGAAAGCUUUAGGAAUGGUUUAUCAUGGUCAUAGUUACAAAAUCCUGGAAUUUUAACAGCAGUGUGCACAGUUUUGAGAACUACUGUAUCUCCUUCCUCAUAAUUUUCCAAAUGAAUGUUUAAAUGGAUCAAUUUUAUCUGUGGUUAGCUGUAAGGCAUAACUAAGCUUUUCCUAUGCUUCUAUGUGAUUUGUUUUAUUUUUUAUAUUAUUUAAAUCUUUUUUGUCGCUGUGCUUUUAACAGCUGAAGCAUGCUCCCCUUCCUAUAAUGUCAACAUUCAGUUGCUAUGCAAUGACUCAAACAACACUAAAAGAAUUACCAGUCGCCUCCUUCGUCCAUAAAUCUUUCUUAAUAGUGCUUGAAUUCGGGUGGGCCAGAAGUGGAAAAGCCCGUCUGUCUGCAUUAGUUUAAAAACAGUGAUACGAACGUUUUAUAGCAGAAAUGUUGGAAGUAAAACCGAUGCACAUGUGUAAAUACUGACGAUUGGCUGAUUUUUAAGUUAGCAUGGAGUGGUGGCUUUCUGUUCAGUGAAUACAUUGAGUCUUUUUAGAGGCUGCUUCGUCUCCUUUAUUCAGUUAUUUACAUAUUUAAUACGUUUGACUUUGUCUAAUUAUUAUGAAUGUUACUGAUCAGCAGAUACUCUAAAGUGUAAUAGAAUAAAAUGUCAUCCUCAUGAAAUGCCCACAACAAAGCCUACAGUUGGUCUUAUUUACUUUGAUUGAUGAGAUGUUUGUAAAUAAUGGCUUGAUAUGGAUUUUCAGUGCUACUGAAUUGGUUUAUGCUGUUUACAAGGCAAAUAAAGGUGGUCUUGACUCGCUGAA